CUCGAAUCUCAAAAAGUCGUAAAUGUUGGCACACAUAUUUUCUAGAUGUGAGUAUGGUUAUUCACUUUUGCUUUGGAACCUAGAUGUUUGCAUUUUCCUCCUAAAACUGCCACCAGAUUCUUUUCGAAGCGGGGAAACGGCUUAAUUCACGCGAGGCCCCUGAAUCUUUCACGCCCCGCCUUCUCCUUGACGUUUUUCCUUGCCACAACAAAAAAAACAGCUGGAAGACAGCCAAGAUGGCGGCCGCGUCGGUCGCGGGGCUCGAAGCCCACAACAUGGAAGAAAAGAAAUUCCAAUACUUCUCUUCGAUCAACUCCAUGGCCAAGAAGAUCAUGCUGGAGCGAGAGAAAAUCAAAAACAAGCACGGCUCGACGUGGGACAAAAUGUCGCCGCAGGAGCAGGACAACGCCAUCGACAACUGGUUGAUGGAUCCGCACAUCCGAGCCCGAUACGCCAUGCACCGGGUAGACCGGGACGAGGUGGUCUGCUACCCCAAGCUACUCAUCCAGACCGGACAGAAGAUCGUCCAUUUCGGGGAAGAGGAUAUUUCAUGGCAAGAUGAACAUUCGGCUCCCUUCUCAUGGGAAACCAAGAGCCAGAUGGAAUUUAGCCUGACACCGGCCCCCGACCAGGAAGUGUCCGUCUCCCAGGGGGACGCCAAACCCGCAAGGACCCCUCACUCCACCCAGCUUGGCAAGAGUGUAACUGGAGCCAAGUUGUCGGCGAGCGAGAGCCGGCGUCCGGAGGAGGAGUCGGCGUUCUGGAAGAUCAGCGCCGAGCGGUCACGACUGGAGGGUGAGAAAGCGGAUUUCCAGUCGCUGACGCCCAGCCAGAUCAAGUCUCUGGAGAAAGGAGAGAAGCCGCUGCCCUCGUACCUGCGCCAGGAGACGUCUUUCUCCUCCAAAGAGCCGGAGUCGGACCCUCACCCGCCGGCGCUGCCCAAGCCGGUUAAGCAGCGAGCGCCCAAGCCUCCGGCCCCGCAACCUCCCGUCGCCAUCUCCAUUUCGCCGAGCCCCGUCGCUCCGCUCAGAGUCUCGGGGGCGGGCUGGGAGCGCUCGCAGAGCACUCUGCCGGUUGUCAGUUACACGGUGGACGAGGUGUUCCCCACCCCCAGCCCCCUCGCCAAGAGCCCCGCUCCCCCCGGCAACAAGGAAAAAGAGGACGACGACUCGCCCGGAAGUCCUGCCUUUUCCCAGUUUAACAGCAGCACCAACAUCCUGAAGACAGGAUUUGACUUCCUGGACAACUGGUAAACCCAGCAUGGAAGGCGGGGCCGUUGGAUGACAUCACCACCACGCCACCAAUGACAUUUCCUUCAUCCAAUCGCGCGCCCCGUUUUAUUUCCGUCUUGCCAAAACACUGCCUGUCCUCUCGACUCCUUUACCGGACCUUUCCCACGACAAUUGCAUCAAUUAUCUGUUAGCUCAGCUAGCUUCCCAACCAUUUAUUGUACCAAGCUACAUGUUUUACAUUGGGAGGGUGGCGUCACAAAAUAUAUACUUAAAUGGUCUAAUCUCUUUAAUCACAAAUUUACGUGGUGCAAGAUCUGUUGAACACAUCUAUUAUUCUGUUUGUUACAAAUUCAUUGUAGCUUUUAGCAUCUAGCGGGAAAGAACUGAAUUAUUCUUGUCACUAUAUGUUGCAAGCAAAGGUAGACGAACAAAGAUUUAUGAAUGAUUUUCCGACCAACUAAGUGAAAUCUGAUUAAUUUCUCUCAGUACAGUGGUUGGGAAUCCCUGAGUUAGCUUGAUUGGCAUUAGCAAGUGCCACCGCUAGCCUGCCUGCCAUUUUGAUUUGUAGAGCGCUUUUCUCUUGGAUGUGCAAAAACGUAAAAAGUAAAAACACUGCGACAACUUAAUUUAUCUUGUUUAAAAAUUAGCAAUAAUUAGCGUGUAACAAUUGCUUCUAGCUAGUCUAUGUAAAACGCUGUAGAGCUUUUGUUGUUCGUUAGCUUGAUGCUAACGACCUUUGUACUUCUGUGACCAAUUUAUUUUAUCCAAAGAAAUCCUGAGACAAAAAUAUUUCUAAAUGGGGGUCAAAAUAUUAGAGUACAGCAAACAGGCAUGGCAACAGCCUAAUAAUGUAUUUUUUAAAAUAUUUUUAGCCCUCAUCUUAAUGUUACAUAGUUCUAGGAUGAGUAUUUAUCAGGUACUUUUGUAGCCUUGUGCUGACCAAUCACGUGCGUUAGCAUCACGUCACAUGCUCAUUUUGCAUCUUUUUUUACGUGUGCGCUCCCUGUGAUACACAACACACCUUUUUUUAAUGGCGGUGUUGUGUCCAAAAUGCCACGAGAAGUAUUUUACUGACUCGGCUAACGCGACGGUUUACGGGACCACCGCGCACGUGUGCUUGACUUGUACGCCGUGAUUUUGAAGUCACACAUUACAAUAAAGGAAAGUCCGAAAAAGUCGGCUUUUGAG